AUGCAACCACCAUGUGCUCUUUGUAGUACAUUGUUACCAAUAUUGGAGAAAUAUUCAUCAUUGGAAUUAAUUGAAGCAAUUGAUCUCCAAAAGGAUGAUAUUUGCACGUUUGUUUCAUUUGUUAGUAAUUGGCCUCAAACUCGAUGUGCAUGUUUAUGUCGUGAUGCAACAACAAUAGAACGUUUUUCCUCUCUUGUUGAAUGGUUAUUAUUAUAUAUAAUAAAUUUAUUACAAAUAUUUACAGUAUCUGAUAAUUUAAAUGAUGAAGAUUAUUCAAAUCAAUUAAAUGAAUCAGAUACAUCAACACAAAUAUGUAGUAUAUUAACAACAACAGAUCAAGAACAACAACGUCAAUAUCGUCAAUGGACAUUAGAAGAAAAAGAACGUUUAUUAUUAUGUGUAGCUCGUUGUUUUACACUUAAUUUACCAAUAUAUUCAGCUGCACAUCGUAAUCCAUCAUUAGCACAUCAUGUUGCUUAUUAUCAAAUGCAACAUGCAUCAGCUGAUUUUAAAACAUUUUUAUCAUCAUAUUGUCAUUUCAAUUUAUCAUCAAAUCAUACCAAUGGAAAUAAUGAUUCUCAUCAUGUAUCACUUUAUUUAUAUAGACAUAUAUGUUCAUUUUGUGAAAAUCGUGGUUUAAUUGUUAUACGACAAGUAUUUGAAUCAGCUAAAAAUACUCGAAUGUUACCAUUAUCAAUAGCACAUGCAUUAUUUGUUAUUUUGACUAAUUUACGUCAUCAUUUAAAUAUAGAUAUUAUAAAAAAUUUUCUAUUACCAAUUCGUCCACAUGCAAUACGUUAUAUGUGUUUAUUAUCUGAUAAUGAAUUACGUUUAUGUGGACAAAAAAAUACGAAUGAUUUAUUAUAUGCAUCAUUAAAAGAUUUAUUUUUAACAACAACAUUUCGACAACGUUCAACAUCAUCAACAAAUGUUUUAUCACCAUAUAAUACUAAACAUCAUCAUACAAUACAAUUUCAACGUUAUCAUUUUGAUCGUUUAAUGUUAACAUUAGCAUUAAAAUAUUUAACAUGUUCAACAUUAACAAUACGUUUAACUGGUUUAUCACAUAUAACAAAUCAAAUACAACAAUGUCUUGAUUAUACACAAUAUCGUCGUCAUCAAUCAAUGGCAGCAGCUGCUGCAGCAGCAUCAUGUUGUUCUCAUCCAAAUACAACACAAGAAAUAUUUACUGUUAGUGAAUCAGAUGGUGAAGAUGAUACAACACAAAAAUUAACUAAUGAUGCAUCAUCAUCAACAAGUUCAACUGAUGAUAAUGAUGAAUAUUCAUCACAUAAUCAUCAUGAACGUAAAUUAGCUAAUUGGAUUAUUGAAAAUAAAAUAAUUGAUUAUUUAUUUGGACCUAAUUUACAUACAGAAUUACUUAAACAAUGUUUAACUAUAUUAAUUUUUUUAGCAUCAAAUAAUCGUUUAACUGUUGAACAUAUUGAUUUAAUAUGGUCAUGUGUAUCAUUAACACAUUGUAGUCGACAUAUAUUAGAUUUAUUAAUGAAUUUAGGACAAAAAAAUUUAAAUAUACAUUUACUUAAUCAUUUAUUACAAUUAAUUGGACGUAGUGAUCGUACACAAUAUACUGAAUCAACAUUAACAUUAAUAAGUAUAUUAACAAAAUCUUACUGGAGUCAAUUAAUACGUUCAUCAAAUACACUUAUACAUAAUAAAAAACAACAAGAAUUAACAAUGAAACAAAAAUUUCGUCAACGAAAUUCAUUAAAUAUGCAAAAUAUUUUACGAAAACAAAAAACUUUAAAACGACAACAAUUAUCACCAUUAAAAAGAAUUGAUAGAACAAAAAAUGUUGCAAUGAUUCGACAUCGAGCACGAAUACAACAGAAAAAUACUCACUUAAUUCGUCAAACAUCUCCUUCAUCUCCUCCAACAAUGCCACGUCCAAUUGCUGUUAAAAAACAACCCUUACAACAACAACAACAGCAACAACAACAACAGCAACAGCAACAACAAUCAGUUAAAGCCGGUCCUAUUGAUGAAGAUUCAGCUGAAGAAGUUAUUGUUGUUGGUUCACCUCCACAACAAGUCUUAACUGAUCAAAAUGCUCUUAAAUUAAUGGCUAAUAAAUGUAAAGAAUUUCCAUCACAAAAUAUUCUUAAAUCAAAUCCAUCAUCUGGUUAUGUUCUACAGUCAGAAAAAAAAUCUGAUGAUACAACAAAUACAAAUGCUCCUGGUGAUGAUUGGAGUGAUGAUGAAGACGAUGAAGAUGAUGAUGAUAAUAAUGAUGAACAAUUACGUAAUACAACAGCAGCUGUACGACGAACAACACCAUUCAAUCGAACAGCUGAACCAACAUCAAGUAAUGAUGAAGAAGAUGAUGAUGAAUCAGAUAAUGAAACACAUUUAAUUUCACGAGAAGUAUUAAUGCAACAUCGUGAACGAUUUCAACAUGGAACAUCGGCUAAUCAAGAAGAAUCGGAUGAUGAUGAAACAAUGGGAAAUAUGAAUCAAAAUUUAAGUCAGAUGUAUAAACCUGAAGAUUUAUCAACACCAACAAAACGUCCAACAUCAGGUUCAGGUUUUAUUAUAAAUAAUCCGAAAACACUUGUUCUACCUGAUGAUCAAAUGGAUAUUGAUGACGAUGAUGAUGAUCAAAAUGAAAUAUUUGAAGAAGAUCUUCGUGGAAUGGUUUUACCAACUGUUGUACAAUCAUCUUUAAAACAACAAAUUAAUCGUAAAAAUAAACAACAACAACCACAACAACAACAACAAAUUGUUAAAGAAAAUCGUCAACAUCAAAAUGAUGAAGAAAAUAAUACAGAUCAUGAAAUAAAUUCAUCUAGAAAAAAAUAUCAAGAAAAAAUUUGUUCACCAGAAAGUGCUGAAGAUGCAUCACAAGCUGGUUCACUUCCAUCAGAAAUGGAAACAGAAAUUUAUGAUUGUAGAGAUACUAUUGGACAGAAGAAAAAACGUCCUCGUCCUAAUAUUGAUGAUGGUGAUGACGAUGACGAUGAUGAUGAAGAAGAAGAAGAAGAAGAAGGUGAUUUUAAUUCAUCAGUAUCUGAUGUACUUAGUGGAACAGGUUCAGCAAAAAAUAUGGCUGAUUUUGAAGAUAUGAGUGAAUCUGAACAACAACCAACAUCAGCACGUCGUAUGCGUAUAAAUCAUCAAUUAUCUGAUAUAACAUCAUCAACACCAACUGAUCAACAAACUCGAAAACGGCAAGAUAAUGAAACAAAUCUUGGUAGUAAUCAUACAUCAUCAUCAUCAUCAACAACAUCAUCAACUGAAUCAACAAAUGGUUCAAGUACAGCUGGUAAUAUUGACGAAGAUGAAAUAAAUAUAUCAAAUUUAUCUUUACCUGGUCAAACACUUCUAUGGGAUUUAUUACAAGAUCAACCAAUAAAUAAUUCAUCUCAUUUACCAGAUAAUUUACUUAAUGAAACUGAACGUUUAUUUAGUCAAGUACUUGGUUCAAUUGAAGAUAAACGUAUAUUAUUACAUUUUAUACAAGCAUGUUUAGAUAAUUUAAAAAAAUCAACAUCAAGUUUAAUAUCAUUACGUUUAUUACCUAAAUUAUUUUUAAUAUUUCAACAACAUCAACAACGUGCUAAUACAAAUAUAUUUUUAUUAUUUGAAGAAAAAUAUCAUGUAUUAAAUGCAUUUUUUAAUGAUUUAGAACAAUUAACAAAACGUUUACAAACAAAUACAUCAUUAAUAUCUAUACAUAAUGAAAUAACAGUACGUUUUCAAUUUUUAUCAUUUAUUUUUUCAAUAUCAGCAUCACCAAAAGAAUUUAAUUUAACACAACAUCAAGCUGAUAGAUUAUGGGAUUGUUUAACAACAAUGACCGGUACAACAGGAACUAACCGUGAAGAACUUUAUAAUUGGUUAUUAAGUCAACUGAAAAAUCGUGAUGGUGGACAUGCACUUUCAUUAGAUACAUUUAAACAUUUACUUACAGAAAAGCUUUUAACACAAAAACCUGAACAUGUCUGUUGUCAACAAUUAAAUUUAAUUCAAGAAAUUCUUCAACAAAGUCGUACAAAUUGGGUACAUAUACUUCAACAACAACAAGCAUCAUCAUCAUCAGCAACAACAACAAAUUUAACACAACAAUAUAAUGAUUUUCAAACAUUUGAAUUUCUAAUAUUAAAUUAUGUUAGUGAUGUUGCUAUGCGUGCAUUAGAUCAAAAUGUAAGUACAUUAGCAGCACAGACAUUAAAUAGUUAUCAAAUACAAAAUGAAGAUGGUACACUUGAUCGUGAAGAACCAUUUAUAGCACGUUGUAUGAAUUGUUUAAAUGAAUGUAUAAAUACACUCGAUGAUUUAUCAUCAUUACGUACAAUUAAUCGUAUAUCAGUUUUAUUACGUACACAUUUAGAAUUAUUUAUGCGUCGAUAUUCAUAUGUUAUACGUCUUUAUCAAUAUAUAUCACAAACAAAUAAUAAUAAUAAUAAUAUAUUUUCACCAUCAUCACUUAAACCACAUGUAAAACAGUUAACAUUAACAGAUGAACGUGAUACAAGUAUGCUUAAAUUAAUAUGUAAUGCACCAAUAACAAGUGGUGGUACAGAAAAAUAUGUAUUAAAAAUGAAUCCAAAUGAAUUUAUUGGUGAUUUACGAGCAGAAUUAACACGUUGGUAUUGUACAUUAAAACCUCCAAUGACAAAUGUUUUAACACAAACAUUAUUAACAAUUGAAAAAAAUGAUUUACCUUUAUUAAAUUCAACAAGUUCAUCAGCAGCAUCGAUAUCAACAACAUUAUCAUCAUCAUCAUCAUCAUUUGAUCUUCUUCAUAUGUCAAAUUUACCAUCAAUACGUGUUUUAGCUAAUGGACAAGAACUUGAUCGAGAUAUUGAUGAAAAAACAUUAAGUGAAUGUAAUAUAAAAGAUAAUCAAACAAUAUUAGUAAAUGCAUCAACAAGAAAUCGUACAAAAGAUUUAUAUAAUAUUGAUGAACGUCUUUUAAAAAGUUAUAUACCAUAUAAAAUGCCAAUGAUGUUAUUAUUAAAAUAUAUUGAACAAUUUUUUUCAAUACUUGCACAAUUACAAAAUUUUAUUGAAACAUCAUCAGAACAUACUGAAGCACGUUUGGCUGUUAGUCGUUUAUGGGAUAUACUUUUACUUAUUCCAACACAUAGUGGUAUAUUUCAAAAUUUAUCACAAUUAAGUGAAUUUAAUGAUAAUGAAGAUAAUACUGAACAAUGGGCAAAUUGUUUACAACGUUCUGAUCCAUUUCGUUUAACAUAUUCAUUACAAAUAAUUGAUAUGCUUAUACGACGUACGCCAACAUAUAAAGAUAUAUUUGUUAAUAAAGGUGGUUUAAAAUAUCUUUAUAAUAUAUUUAUUUCAAAAUCAUUUUUUACUGAACCAAUUGAUCGUUCAUGGUGUUCAGGAUUACCUGAUGCACUUCUAUAUACACUUAAAAUACUUUGUUCGUGUUUAUUAAAAAUUCCUACACCAUCUAUUCAAUCUUCUGGUCAACAACCACAACCACAACCACAGCCACAACAACAACAACAACAACCUCCACCACCAUCAUCAGCACCACCGGCAACAAUACCAACAGCUGUUGAUGAACAACAUUCACCUCGUACACCAGUUAAUACAAGAAAAAAAACUCGACGUGAAACAACAACACCAGCUAUAAUUGCUGCAUUAUCAUCAGUAGAUUUAACAAAUAUUGAUAAUACAUCAUCAAUACCAAUUGUUCAUCAACAAUCACAUUUUCAUAUAUAUGAACCACAUUGGGAAAAUGUUGCAUUAACAGAUAAAGAAAUUUUAUUAGAUACAUUAAUUGAUAUACAAUUAUCAAUUGUGACAAAAAGUACACGUUUAUGUUGUCCUGUUGUUUUAUUACAAUUUAGUAAUCGUACGGAUUUACUACAUACAUCAAUGACAUUAUUUAUAACAUUAUGUCAUUCAUAUGAUGACAUACGUACAAAAUUUAUUGAACAUCCAAAAUUAAGUUUAUGGUUAAAAACAUUAUUACUUGAUGCAUAUGAUUCUUUACUUAAACGUGAAGCUCAAUUAAAUAUUUAUCGAUUAUGCUUGGUUUCAAGUAAUAGUAAUAAUAGUAAUAAUAGUAAUAAUUCUUCAGGAACUAAUGAUGACUUGAAUCUUCAACCCAUAACUGAUUUUCCUCCACCACCUCCUAUGCCAACACAACGUAGUUGUCCAAUUGAUGAAGAAAAAGCAGCUCAUACAUUAACAAUCUCAUCUUCAAUUGAAUCAACAAAUGAACCACCCGUCGAACGUAUUUGUCUUGUACCAAUACUUACAAAUCUUCUUGAAUUAAUUUCAUAUGCUUUAAAAUUUACAUCUUCAUCAUCCAACUCCUGUUCAUUAUCUCAAACAAAUUUUGAAAUAAAUCCAACAUAUUCAUUACAAACAUUAAAUAUAUCAUCAACAUUAAUAACAAAAUAUGAUAAUCAUUCAUUAUUUCUUAAUCAAUCUUCACAUGAAUAUUUUCUUUUAUUAACAUCAAUUAUUGAUCGUAUGCAUUAUGAUGAAAUAAAACAAAUAAAAAUUCAUAAAAAUAAAUUAUGUAAUAUAAAUCAAACAAAUCAUAUUAUAUUAUUUGAUCAUGAAUUAAUUGAAAUUUUAAUCAAUUUUAUUCAUGAACAUAUACCAUAUGAAACACAACGUGAUAAAUUAAUUGAAGAUGAAGUUUUAUAUGGUUUACUUUGUUUAUUAACAUCUAUUGUCAAACAAUAUAAUAAUUUAUAUAUUAAACAAAUUAAUAUUAAUAAUAAUCAAUUAUAUAAACAAUUAACAUUUAAUUUAAUUGAUCGUGUAUUUAAAUAUUUAUUUGAAUUACCAACAAGUGAAAAUCGUUUUGUACCAAAAUGUAAAUCAUUAUUAACACGUGCUAAAUCAUAUGAAUUUCUUAAUGAAUUAAUUAAAGUUAAUCGUGAAAAUUUUAUACAAUUACAAAAAAAACUUCUUGAACAACAUAAUUCAAUUGAUCGUCAACAACCAUAUAUAUGGGAUUAUUGGCCACGUGAUGAUGGACGUUCAUAUUCUGGUUAUGUUGGUUUAACAAAUUUAGGUGCAACAUGUUAUGCUGCAACAAGUUUACAACAUUUAUAUAUGAUACCUGAAUUACGUACAGCUAUAUUAAAUACAAAUAAAACUGAUAAACAUGAUUUAAUACUUUAUGAAUUAAAACGUAUGUUUGCUUAUUUACUUGAAAGUGAACGUCGUUCAUAUAAUCCAAAAAGUUUUUGUAAAGUUUAUACAAUGGAUGGUUUACAAUCAUUAAAUACAGGUGAUCAAAAAGAUAUGACUGAAUUUUUUACAGAUUUAAUAACUAAAUUAGAAGAAAUGUCCGAUGAUUUAAAACAACUUGUACGUGAUUUAUUUUGUGGUAUUUUAACUAAUAUUGUUAUUUCAUUUGAUUGUCCACAUAUAUCAAGAAAAUUAGAAGAAUUUUAUACUGUACGUUGUCAAGUUGCUGAUAUGAAAGAUGUACAUGAAUCAUUAGCUGAAUUAACAGUUAAAGAUACAUUAGAAGGUGAUAAUAUGUAUACAUGUUCAAAAUGUUCGAAAAAAGUUCGUGCUGAAAAACGUGUAUGUUUUAGAAAAUUACCAAAAAUUUUAUGUUUAAAUACAAUGAGAUAUACAUUUAAUAUGGUUACAAUGCAACGUGAAAAAGUUAAUACACUUUUUCAAUUUCCUAUGCAAUUAGAUAUGAGUGGUUAUAUGGAAACAAAUUUAAUUGAUAGAAAUAAAUUAAUUGGUAACGAUUAUCCAGAUAAUGAUGAUGAGAAAGAUAAUGAAAGUACAAAUAAAUAUCUACCAUCUUCUCCAUCAAAUGGUAAUGAAUCACAUUUAUUUGAAUUAAUUGGUGUUACAGUUCAUACGGGUACAGCUGAAGGUGGUCAUUAUUAUUCAUUUAUACGUGAACGUGUUAAACGUCCAAUUGAUAAUAAUUUUUCAACAAAUUCUGAUAUACUAUUAGAUAAUCAACAACAAUGUCAACAACAUCGUUGGUAUUUAUUUAAUGAUGCUGAAGUUAAACAAUUUGAUCCAUCACAAAUAGCUAAUGAAUGUUUUGGUGGUGAAAUAACAUCAAAAGGUUAUGAUCAAGGUUCAGAUCGUUUUCUUGAUUUUCAAUUUGAAAAAACUCAUUCAGCUUAUAUGUUAUUUUAUGAACGUAUUGAUACACCAUCAUCAUCAAUGUCAACAGCAACAACAACAACAACAAAUAUACCAACAUUACAAUUAAAAGAUCCCAUAUCAUAUACAAUACCAAAAGAUAUAUCAGAUUGGAUAUGGGAAGAUAAUCGACGUUUUGUACGUGAUAGACAUUUAUUUGAUCAUCAUUAUUUUACAUUUAUGUGGACACUUUGUCAUCAUCAAGUACCAUUAAAUACAUUAACAAUAAAACAAGAUGAACAACAAGAACAAAUCGAUAAAAAUUUAUCAACAACAGAAUCAUAUGAUAUGUUACCAAUACAAUUAGCAAUAACAUUUGUUUUUGAAACUUAUAUACAUGCAAAAGAUAAACCAACAAUGACUGGUUGGGUUGAAUAUUUAUGUAAACAAUUUACAGCUUGUAAACCAGUUGCUGUUUGGUUUCUUGCACAUAUGACACAAGAUGAUACAUGGUUAACGAAAGUUCUUGUUCGUUGUCCAAAUCAUACUAUACGUCAUAUGUUUGCACGUGUUCUUAUUGAUGUUUUACAUAAAAGUCGAUUUCGUGAUUCUUCAAAUGAAGAUUCUCUUGUUGUUCAACAAUUUAUUCGUAAAUAUUUAUCAAUAAUAAGUGAAGGUGGUGCACGUUUAUCCAUACGUUAUAUGUCAGAAUAUUUUGUUUUUCUUCAUGAUUUUGCUCGUAAUGGUAUUGAUGAAUGUUAUUUAUUACUUGAUUGUUCAUGUAUACAACAAUUAAUAACAUUUUAUAUGUUACAUCGUGGUCGACAACCUAAACAAUCAUCAUCAAAUAAUAAUAAUAAUAAUAAUAACAAUAAUGAUGAUGGAAAUACAAGUUCUGAUGAUGAAAAUCAAUCAAGUACUAAUUUAUUAAUGACAACAAAUGCUAUUGAUGAUGAUAUAAUACCAUUAAAUACAAUACGUUUACCAACGAAUAGUAAUUUAAGUCGUCCAGGUAUAUUUGAAAAAAUGUUUCCAUUAAUAGCUUUAUUAUUAGAAACUGAACGUACACGUUCAAAUCUUGAAAAUUUUGAUUUACAUUUAUUUAUUGAAAAUGAUUUUGCUUUUAUUCAACAACAAAUUCUUGAUAAUAUUAAUUUAAAAGCAACAGCACAUAUUAUACAAUUAAUAUGUUAUAAAAAUGAUGUAUAUGCCAAUAAAAUAGUUAAUCUUUUAUCACAAUGGAUAACAAAUUAUAAAAAUGAUAUGAAUAGUGUACAAUCAUUAUUUAAAGUUUUAACUUAUUUAAUUGAACAAAAUUCAAAUAAUACCACUAAUGAUAAUACAAAUGAUCAACAACAACAACAGCAAAUAUCAUUAACAAUGAAUCCUGAUAAAAAUUGGUGUGAUUUUGCAUCAUUAAUUGUUAUACGUAUUGGAAAAUUAAUUGAUAUAUGUCCAACACAAGUAUUUGAAUGGUUUAAUAAUGUUGUUAAUAAAUCAUCAAUUAUACAUCGAUGGAUAUAUCAUAAUAUACGACAAUGGUUAAAACCAUAUUUAUUAUAUAAUACAUAUACGAAAGUACGUACAUUAAUAGCACAAUUAAUGGUUGCACUUGUACCAUCAACAAUAUUUCGACAAACAUAUAGAACAGGAAAAUAUUUUUUAAAUUUAUCUAAACAACAAUUAGCAUCAGCAGCACAAACAACAACAACUACAACACAUGGAACAAUUACAUCAUUAUUAACAUUUAAUCAACAAUUAUCAACUGUUUCGAAUACAGCAUCAUUUUCUUCUCUAUUCGAUCAUCAACAAUUUGCUCAAUAUCCAUCAGAUUUUACAACAGAUACAUAUCCUAUACUUCGAACAUUAUUAUCAUAUCUUCUUGAACUUCUUAUUGAAAUUGGUCAUGAUCAAAGUGAAUUACAUAUGAAUGAUAAUCAACAACGUCUUGUACAAUAUUUAUCUAUAUUAAUACAUUUUACACGUCAUACACCAGAAAAAUGUUUAUUAGCUGAAAAUGAUUAUUUACAUUCAUUAUGUUCAUUAAUAUCACAUCCAAAAUUAACUGAAGAUCAUACAAUAAAUAAUGGUAAUAAAUUAUUAAUAUUUAUUUUAUUACAACAAUUAUUAACUGAAAAAAUCUUUUUAACUAAUAUAUUAAAUUAUGAACAUGAUUUUAAACAACAAUUACCAAUGUGUUUAAUUAUAGUUGAUCAUGAAGAUCAAGAAUUAAUAUUAUAUAAUCGUUUAUUUUUAUUUAUUUAUUAUAAUAUAUUAAAACAAUUUUGUCAAUAUUCAUGGUUAUAUUGUAAAGAAUUAGCAUUACAUAAAAAUAUGUCAUGGGCAUUAAAAAAUGUUUUACCAUAUGUACAAUUAUAUCCUGAUGCAUGUGAACAAUUAUCAUCAAUAUGUAAAAUUAUAUCACAUACAAAUCGUGAUAAUCUUUCAAAUGAAGAUCAACAAAUAAUUCAAGAAUUUAAAAAAGAUUUAUAUAUAUUAAUUUAUCGUUUUAAUGAUAUACGUUCAUCAUGGACAAUUAUACUUGAUUUAACACGUGAUAUGUGUGAUUUACAAGCAUCACAUGAUGAACGUUUACAAAUAUUAAAUCGUCGUGGUUUACCUGUAUUAACAACAAUAUUUUUUACAAUAUUUUCAUUAUAUCAUGAUCAAACACAUCCACAAAUAUUAACUAUACAAAAUGAUUUAAUUUAUUUAUUAUGUUUAAUUGCUAAUUUACUUGAUACAGCCGAUAUAAAUAUAAAAAAACCACAAACAAAUUCAACAAUAAAUAUGCGUAAUAUUGUUGGUACACAAUGGAAAGAAAAAAUGGAAUUAGUUGGAAAAUUACUUUUAUUACUUAAUUCAUAUAAUUCAAGUGAAAUACGACAACGUUCUGUUGAAUUAUUAAAAAAAAUUAUUGUACAAUUAACUAUACAAGAUUUAACACAUGUAGCUUUACAUGUUAAAACAACACAUGAACAAGCAGCUGCACAACCACAUCCACAACUUGGACCAUAUUUUCCACGAAGAAAACAACUAAUAAAUAAUUCACAGCAGCAACAACAACAACAACAACAAGGAACAAUCGAUCGUAUUGGUAAUCAAUCUGUUCAUACUCCAUUUCGACCACAUUUUGGCAUGUAUUUCAAAACUCAAUUACUUGAAACAUCUAAAGGUCGUGAUUUAGAUUUUGAUCGUGCUGUUCAUGCAUAUUAUUCACCUUAUCAUACGUUUAUUGAUUCCUUAGCACGUUAUGCUUAUAAUCAAAAUUCUCUAAAUGGUUCUAUAUUAAGUCUUGUCACACUUGUUGCUUGUGAAGGUGUACAAAGUAUGCAUUUACAUUUAUUUGCUAAAUUAUGUCUUGAAAUUUCCAAUCAAUCAAAAACAAGUGCACAAACCUUAAUACACGAUUUAUUACAAACAUCAUCAUCAUAUUAUUUUCAUCAUUAUAUUGAAAUUGUAUUAAUUGAUGAACGUAUAUCAUUACAUCAAACAGAUAAUUAUUCAUUUCUCUUUACAUAUUUACCAAUGAUAUUAAAUAUGAAAAAAACUUUGCCAACAGCAGCAGUAGCAGCAGCAACAACAACAACAACAACAACAGCAUCAACUGAUUCUAUACAUGCAUUCAUACAACGUCUUGAACAAUUAUUAAAUAAAACAUGUGAACAUUGUUUACAAUCAAUAUAUAAUGAAUCACAAACAAAUUUAGAUUGGUCACAAUCAUAUAAAAAAUUAUCAAAAUCAAUUAAUUAUUCUCAUACACAAAUUAUUGGUGAUAUUAAAGCAUUAGAAAUAUAUUUACAUUGUCAAUUAAUUAAUGAUAAAAAUAAAAUUCAAACUGUAAUUGAACAAAGUAUACGAUUUAUUGAACAAAAUUUGCAAUUACAAUUAUUAAUUGAUGAUGAACAACAACAAUUGCAACAACAAGAAAAUGAAACAGCAACAACAACAGCAACAACAACAACAAUUAUUGAUGAUGAAAGUAAUCCAAUAAAAAAACGACGUUUAGAUGAUAAUAAUUUAGCAAUUGAUAUAACAAAUAAUGAUCCAAAACGUAAAGCUAUUAUGGAUGCAUUACAAAUUUUACAAACAUUUUUGACAAAUAUGAAUAAUAUAACUAAUGAAUCAACCACGAUUGAACAAUAA